AUAAUAUUUGUCGAGCCUCGGGCAUCCAAGGUCUGUUUCUCGACCGCGUCAGAUCCCAAAAUCCGUCCCGCGCCAUCGCCGCUGCCGCCAUGUGGAGAAGCUCCCGGAGUUUCUCAUCCAAACUCCGGUCACCGUCUUCCUCUCCCAGCCCUAAAACCACACCCUCCGCUUCCACUUUCUAUGGUCACAACGGCGUUGCUCGUCCAUUUCUUCGCGCCCUCCAUCCAUAUUCAUCAUCGUUGUUCAAUUCGUUAUCUUCGUCGCCGUCCUCUUCGGAUCCCAUCAGAAUAGGGUUUUCGAAUUCUUAUGGAUUUCGAGCAUGUUCUAGUGUUGCUGAUCCGUCGUCUUUGGCUUCCGCAUCGGUUUCUAGAGCCAGGGAGGUCGUGGAUUUAGCUCGCCAUUAUGGUCGCUGUUACUGGGAGCUCUCCAAGGCUCGCCUUAGCAUGCUGGUUGUUGCAACUUCUGGGACUGGGUUUGUUCUAGGGAGUGGAAGUGCUAUGGACCUUGGGGGACUUUGUUGGACUUGUGCUGGUACCAUGAUGGUUGCAGCAUCUGCAAACUCCUUAAAUCAGGUUUUCGAAAUAAACAAUGAUGCUAAAAUGAAGAGAACACAACGAAGACCACUACCCUCAGGGCGCAUCACAGUACCACAUGCAGUCACCUGGGCAACUUCUGUUGGUUUAGCUGGCACUGUUAUGUUAGCUAGCAAGGCUAAUAUCUUGGCAGCUGGUCUUGCAGCUUCAAAUUUGAUUCUCUAUGCAUUUGUAUAUACCCCACUUAAGCAGAUUCACCCUGUUAAUACAUGGGUUGGGGCCAUAGUUGGUGCUAUUCCACCACUUCUUGGGUGGGCUGCUGCUUCAGGACAAAUAUCUUUGAACGCAAUGAUUCUCCCUGCUGCUCUUUACUUUUGGCAAAUACCCCAUUUUAUGGCUCUUGCAUAUUUAUGCCGUGACGAUUAUGCUGCUGGAGGGUAUAAAAUGUAUUCUCUUGCUGAUGCUUCUGGCAAGAGAACUGCCGCAGUGGCUCUAAGAAACUGUCUGUAUCUCGUUCCUCUGGGAUUCUUGGCUUAUGAUUGGGACAUCACUUCAGGUUGGUUCUGCCUAGAAUCAUCUAUCCUCACUCUUGCAAUCAGUGCGACCGCAUUUUCUUUCUACCGUCACUGCACGAUGCAGAAAGCAAGAAGGAUGUUUCAUGCUAGCCUCUUGUACCUUCCUGUUUUCAUGUUAGGACUUCUGCUCCACCGUCUUCCUGACAACGAGCAGACGAUGGAAGAAGAUAGUUUCGAGAGGAUGUUGGAUGGUCGAGCACAGGAGGAGGAUGGAUAUAUUGCACGAAAUAACAAGACAGGGUAUAGCAAAGGUGUCGCCCAAGGACGACCGCCUGUUGCGUACGCCUCGGUUGCACCCUUCCCUUUUUUGCCUGUUCCAUUAUAUGCUGAUUCUUGAUGAACUUAGUUCCUGUUUUGCUUUGUAACCAUCCACCUUCAACAGCUUCCUCUUUUGAGUGGAAAUAAUGAGGAAGGAUCUCAAAUUAUGUAAAAUCAAUUAUUGCUCAUUUUGUAUGGUGAUAGAAAUACGCAGAGGUAUACAUACUACUGUGAUAUUUUUGGGGCAUGCAGUGAGACUUUCCAUUCUUUUUUUUUUUUACGACAGGUGAGUCGAGAAUUCGAACUAGUCAAACAUAUGUAUCUUUAACCCAUUGAGCUAGGCGACUUUGCAUUACUCUUUCUUCA